AUGGUACCAAAGAAAUCUCUGGGAUCAUGGUGCUUGUGUGUAGACUACACAAAUCUCAACCGAGCAUGCCCUAAGGAUAGCUUCCCGCUCCCACGAAUUGACCAACUAAUCGACUCCACCGCUGGGUACUGGUUACUUAAUUUCAUGGAUGUGUUCAGUGGGUAUAACCAAAUUCAAAUGAACCCGGCAGAUGAGGAGCACAACGCUUUCACUACAGACAAAGGUCUUUAUUGUUACCAGGUCAUGCCCUUCAGAUUGAAGAAUGCAGGUGCCACUUAUCAACGACUUGUCAACUCCAUGUUCGUAGAGGUCAUCGGUACUAUCAUGGAGAAGUGCAUUUUCGGGGUUGAAGUAGGGAAGUUCCUCGGAUACAUCAUUAGCCACAAGGGAAUUGAGCCAGAGAAGGUGCAGGCUAUAUUAGACAUGAUAUCCCCAACCUACAGGAAUGAGGUCCAAUCCCUUACAGGUAAGGUAGCCGCUCUAUCAAGAUUCAUCUCCAGAUUAACGGACAAGUGCACUCCUUUCUUCAAGCUGCUGAAAACCCAACAUGUCGAGGUAAUAGCCCGGACCACUGAGCACGAAGCUGUGUUUCUCUACCUAAAAGCGUACUUGGCAGAGGUACCUCUACUUUACAAACCUGUUCCAGGAGAAAUGCUUUACAUAUAUCUUGAGGCAUCUUCAAUAGCCGUGAGCUCCGCUCUGAUAAGGAAGUAUUCUGAUUGCGAGUACUCAGUGUACUACUCUGGAAAAGGUUACACUGGUGCAGAAUCCAGGUACCCGGACAUUGAAAAGAUAACAUUGGCCCUCCUGGCCAUCGAAUUGGGGGAGCUCAACAUCAAGUACCAACCCCGGACAGCUAUUAAGGGCCAAGCAGCAGCAAAUUUUAUUUCUGAAUCUAUUCCCUCUCAUAAUCCAACCCCGAGAUCACCUAAACUGCCAGCCCCGGACCCACCCCCACCAAGCACUUGGCGAUUGUAUGUUGAUGGCGCAUCUAACAAAAAGACAAGUGGCGCCGGUAUCUUGCUAAUCAGUCCAGACGAUCAAGUCUACGAGUACGCCCUCAAGUUUGCCUUUAAGGCAUCCAACAAUACCGCAGAGUACGAGACACUCAUAGCAGGUCUACAAAUCGCCUGGGAACUAGGCAUCCAGCACCUUCAUAUCUUCAGCGAUUCCCAGUUAGUUGUGAACCAGAUACCCAGAGCAAAAAAUGACAAAGCAGACGCCCUUGCUAGGAUUGCAGCAACUUCUCCGAGUCCUACCUACGGGGCAACCAAGGUUGAAAUACUAGAAAGGCCGAGCACUUGUAAGACGAUGUCAGAAAUAUUCACGGUGGACCACAUUGCCUCCUUGAUGGAUCCAAUUUUGAAAUACAUGGUGGACGGUCUGACCCCGGACGAUAAAGUUGAGGCCCAACGACUCCAAUUAAGGUCAGCUCGAUACACGAUCAUGAAUGGAAAGUUAUACAGCAGAAGUCAUUGCUUCCCCAACCUCAAGUGUGUGACACCAGAGGACGGUCACAAAAUAAUGAAGGACAUACACGCUGGCGUUUGGAGUCCCGAACACAAUAGUCACGGAAAAUGGCACCCGUUUGACAAUGAUGAACUAAGGGCUUACACCGAGAACCUGGGCACUAGAAUACUCUAUGCAUCCCCGGCUCACCCCCAGACCAACGGUCAAGUCGAGGAUGUCAACAAGAUAAUAAAAAAGAUACUGAAGAAGAAGCUCGAUAAAGCCAAGGGUCUUUGGGUUGCUAAACUCCCAAAGGUGUUGUGGGCUAUCAGGACCACGGCGACGGAGGCCACCUAA